AUGGACGCCCAUAACCUUCCCACUUUUGAGGAGCGCCGUGAACGGCUUGAAGACAUAUUCGACUUCCUUGGAGACACCGAACCUGAGAGCGUGUCUCCUAGACUGCGCGAACCUCUCCUAGCACUGCAGCGUCGCGCUGUUGCAUGCCGGGCCCCGUACGAUGCAGACAUCGAAGAAGAGCUCGCAGUGUGGCAGGACUUUCUCGAAGUCCAGGCGGACAUCCACAGGUUCAUGGGCUACCGCCGCUUCCUCUGGAGACUGAGAGAAGCGGAUGCAAAGAACUUCCUCGCCACUUAUCUCUCAGGUCGAUCCUGGGCUCGAGAGUGGUUGCCGAACGGAGGUGUUCCUCACAACGCCUGCGAGCAAUGCACUAAUUGGCUUCCUAGCCGCCAGCAACAAUGUGAAUGCCAGUUCAUCUGCCAACCUCUGUGGUGGAUUCUUGAGGAUUACCAUCAUGAGCGAGAUCAAUUCAACGUGUGGCUUAGGAACGCCACGAUAGCGAUGGGUGUAGCAGAUGAACCUCAACCUCCUUCCCCCGUCGACGACUUCUUCGCGAGGGUCGCCACCUACAGCCUGGAACACGACGCCCCUGAAGAGUCAUGGAGUGUCAGAAACAUUUACGAAGUCUUGUUACAGACGUAUAGCCAUGCAAGGGGCGGGCAGGUCACUUGUCGCGACUUCCUCCAGAUGGGGUUGGACUAUACGCUGAACAGGAUCAACUGGGACCAAUUGUCCGUUCUCAAUCGCGUUCGCGGCAUUCUCAGCGACACCGAGGCCCAUGAGCUCGUGGAGGCGAUACAUUACGAUGGUCUGAUGUACUACGUCUCGUCUUUCCAUCUCGACGUCGACGGCACGUAUGUCGAUCAGCAGCCCCGCCAAUGGGUCGUCAAUUACCUAAAAGAGAAUCCUGUGCCACGGGAUAUCUACAACGGCAUCCCAUUUGGUCGGAUUCUGACCCCUAGUUACCUCUGGAAUGAAUAUUUCAUCGACGACGAUGGGAACGUCGCGGUCUUCUGCCAAUUCCAGGAGACUGGUGAUGAGUGGGUCAAGUAUUGGCUGGGCACUGGUAGGCCUCUUGACCGGGAAAAUGGUGUAGCUCCACGAGAAGAUCUUGCUAUCGUGUAUGAGGAUCAACCGGCUGCGGAGAGCAAAAGUGAAAGUGGGAAUGAGGAGGUGGAGGAUAGAUGGGCUGCGGAUGACAUCUAUGAUGAGAUGUUGGAUGAACGGCCGGGGAUGUGA